AUGGAAGCCGCCGAUGUCGAAUGGGAACUCGAAGAGGGCAUCCCCCAGGUUGAUGAUCCCUUCAUCCAGCAGUACCUCAAGGGUCGCAACUCUCUUAUCGAGGAAGAGCAGAAGCAGCGUCAUGACUUUACCCUACGGAAGUCCUUAUCGCCCUUAGCCAAGACAGCAUGCAAGAUCGUGUCCAAGAUCCGCGACCGGGAGUUGAAGCCUACAGAACCCACGUUGUCGAACCAUGAUAAUCGCCAUGUGUCGGAGGAGGCUCUACACCCCGGCCAUGGGUUGCACAACGCUAGGGAUCGGAUGGAGACUAGCGAGCUCUGGAAGAUCCUGCAGAAGAUGCCGAAAGGCUCCUUUCUGCAUGCGCAUCUGAAUGUCAUGUUUGAUGCCGACUUUCUAGUCGACCAGGCUCUCGCAACGGAGGGCAUCCACAUAGUCGCGCCCGAAGCGCUCUCAUCCCAAUCACGCCUCGAGGAAACCCCCUUCACCCUUCAAUAUCUAUCUGGCGCUGUGAGCAGCUCGGGAAAUGAAUCGGCCCUGUGGACUUCAUCUGGACAUAGCUUUCCUGUGCGCGUGAGCCUCCAAUCGGCGGCCUCUUCAUUUCCGAACGGUGGUGAACAGGGAUUUCGUGACUGGCUAAAGAGUCGCUGUGUGCCGCUCCGCGAGCGCUCGGGUUACACCCACGACAAUUAUGGGCCUGCCGCGGUUUGGGAUGCCUAUCGCCGUUCGACGUCUGUGAUUUCCUCACUCCUUGGCUAUGAGCCCAUCUUACGUGCAGGCCUGCGUCGCCUGUUCGCAAAAUUGGCCGACGACGGAGUUAAGUAUGCGGAGCUACGGACUGAGUUUUCGUACCCUUUUUACAAGAAAGGGAGCGGUGAGCCCGAGGAGGGCUUUGCUGAGUGGUGCGGGGUGUUCCAAGAGGAGCUUGGACGUUUCAAGAAUACGGAAGAAGGGAAAUCAUUCCAUGGCGCUCGCGUGAUAUGGACAACUACAGGCAUCUCAUCCAAGCAAGACUUGGCAGAGAGCAUGAUGAACUGUAUCAUGGCAAAGCAGGACUUUCCCGACGUGAUCUGCGGGUUCGACUGGGUCGGGCAAGAAGGCUCCAAGGGACAGCUUGUGGAUUUCGUCCCCAUGAUGUUUUGGUUCCGAAAGUUGUGUGUCGAGGAGAGAGUGGACAUACCUUUCUUUUUCCACGCAUCGGAAUGUGCCACCCAUGGGGAGAGUCCCAGCCACAAUCUUUUUGACGCUAUUCUGCUGGGCGCCCGGAGAAUCGGCGACGGAGUAUCGCUCUAUGAGCAUCCGAUGCUCAUCGAGCUGAUCAAAGAGAAGAAAAUCCUGGUCGAGCGCUGUCCUAUCUCCAACGGACGCCAUCGUCUGACAGACUCGAUCGGAGCCAAUUCACUUCCUUUUCUGUUGUCCCGCGGAGUUCCCGUCUCGCUCGGCAGCGACUCCCAAGCCGUCCUCGGACACGGCUGGAAUGGACUGACUCCCGAGCUUUGGCGGGCGCUGCGAGGCCCUGAACGCCUGGAGAUCACCGACCUUGCCAUUCUGAUCGAGAAUUCCAUUCGGUGGAGCAAUUACGUAGAUCAGCCGGCAGCAGAGUGGCUGUCGGGGAUUCGCGAGGGGGUCCUGGGCGAAGGGGUAAAAGCAGCCCGGUUGCAGGAGUGGUAUGCGGACUUCGAGAAGUUCUGCGAGUGGAUAGCGCUGGAAUAUGCCGAGGUUGAUCUUGACGAUUGA